UAAUAAUUGAGAAAUAUUUGACGUAGAAAAUGGAAACGGAUCCAAAUAAUCCUAGUUUAAUCAACAACCCUUAUCAGCAAAGUGAAACAAUGGAGCCAAGUUUUGAAGAACAACUCGCAGCCACACUUGGUAACGAUUUCCCUUAUUAUCCUAUCUUCGCUACGACCGUCCCGGCCUUCCCCGAGGGAAACAUUCAUCAGUCCCCGAGGGAAAAUAAGAAAGAGACGACGAUGAAGCAAGCAGUGAGUAGCGCUGGUGCCAAGAGGAAACGACGGCCAAGCCAAGUGCAAGAUCACAUUAUGGCCGAGAGGAAGCGUCGUCAAUUACUCAGGCAUAUGUUCAUUUCACUCUCUGCCAUUCUUCCCGGCCUUAAGAAGAUAGAUAAAACAACAGUGUUAGGAGAGGCAAUCAAACAUAUGAAGGAACUCCAAGAGAAAGUAAAGGUACUUGAAAGUGUGAUAGCAAAGCGUACCAUGGAGUCCGUCGUCGCAGUUGUCAAAAAAUCAAAAUUGAUAAUCGACAAUGGCAGUAGUGAUGAUAACGUUUCUUCGUCGACUGUGGAUGAUUAUUGUGGAAACGGUGAUGAUUCAUUUCCAGAAAUUCAGGUAAAGGUAAUGGGGAAGACACUUCUCUUAAGAGUCUUGUGUGAAAAGCAGAAGGGUAUUUUGGCAAAGUUAUUCGCAGAGAUUGACAACCAAGAUUUGACCAUUACUAAUUUUAGUGUUGUACCAUUUGAGAGCUUAGCCUUACACGUUACCAUUGUUGCACAGAUGGAAAGCGGCUUUAACAAGAAUGUAAGAGAUUUGGUUAGAAUUCUUGGUAACGCUAUAGCUUCAAAGUGGCUCAUUAGCAAUUGCAUGAGAUAACCAAAGAAAGGUCUUAGGUUCGAAUUGAAUUCCUUUCAUAUGGAAAUUAAGGCAACAUUGUUUAAUGAUUCUAAGAUAUUUUCUUGUUCCUAAUCUUGCUUAAUCAGUGUAGUUAGGGUUUAGUGGCCUAAUUACGUGACUUUGUUAUUCUAGUAGUGGAGUAAUGCUUCCGAUUAUUUAGCUUUGUUUGUUUGGUAUUAACUUUGUUAUAUAAGCUACGGUGAUGUUUUGUAUUCAUUUGGUUUUAUGCAAUUAAUGAAUUGAAAUAUCUUUUCAAUUCCAUCUUUCCUCUACUAUUGAUUUAUCAUUUUCCAUUAUUAAUUUUACUAACAUAUGGCAAAUUCGCAACACAUAUUUCAAAGUGUAGGUAAUCAAAAUACAUAUUAGAUUUGUUUUGUAUCUUUUUUUUUUUUUUUUUUUUUUUUUUUUUUUUUUUUUUUACCAUAACAACAAUUAUCAAGCAACAUUGCAUAUUCUCUUUGGAUUAACAAAAAAUAUCAAGAUAUUACUUGAUUACACGUAAAUUUAAUACAUGUAUUUUCGUUUGUAGAUGUCGUAUGACUUUUAAUUAAUUAAUAGAUUUGUUUCAAAAAAAAAAAAAAAAAAAAAAAAA